AGAUGAAAACGUGCUGACAGGAGUCCAGUGUUUCCCCUUGAUCCUGUGUGGGGUUGAUCAUUUUCUCCCUCUGUCCUGUGCUGCCAUCACAGCUGAUGACAGCAGAUCUGUCAUCAGUUAUUACCAGGCUUUGCUUUUAAAACCUUCAGUUAAAAAAGGCUGUUUCGACAUCAGUUAUGCAGAAGACACGGGCGUUGCUUUCAAAGCCAAAUCUUAUAUGUGGUGAGGUAGAGGAUCUGUCUUUUACGUCCCCGCCCACGUGUGCCGCGCGUCCUGGGCGUGGAAUCGAACGAACCCUUUAGGAAACCAUUGAACAAAAAAAAAAGUAGAAACUUUGGAUCCUCCAUGACUCACUCCGGGACAGACAGAUGAAUAAAACAUCCUUCAUCUGACGAACAUGGACGUCUCAGAGGAGGAUGACUACCACUACCAUGAAAACAUCAGCAUCAACUUCACCUACGACGACUACCCGACCCUCUGCGAGAAAGGCGACGUCCGUUCCUUCGCAGCCGUCUUCCUCCCCGUCAUGUACACUGUGUGUCUGGUGGUGGGCUUGGCGGGAAACGCCGCCGUCGUGGCCGUCUACGCCUACCACAAACGCCUCAAGACCAUGAUGGACACCUUCCUGACCCACCUGGCUGUGGCUGACCUGCUGCUGCUCUUCACGCUGCCUUUCUGGGCUGCGGAUGCGGCUAGGGGCUGGGAGCUGGGGGAGGCCGUCUGCAAGAUGGUGUCGGCCUGCUACACGGUCAACUUCACCUGCUGCAUGCUGCUGCUGGCCUGCAUCAGCCUGGAUCGGUACUUAGCGUUAGCCAGGGCGCAGGGUGGAGACCACAGAGGGCGGCUGCAGAGGAUGUUCACCAGGAGACACUGCUGGAGGAUGUGUUUAGUCGCCUGGAUGACAGCUUUCAUCCUCGGCCUCCCUGAUUUGUUUCUCUCAGAGGUGAGAUGGGCGUCUAACAGGAACGUCUGUCUGGCUAUCUACCCUUCGUCGAUGGGUGGAGGGGGGAAAGCCGCCCUGGAGAUAGCAGAGGUGCUGCUUGGCUUCCUGUUUCCUCUCCUGGUCAUGGUGAUCUGCUACUGGAAUGUUGGCCGAGCAAUAAAGGGCAUCCCCGUCGAGAGCAGAGGCAAGAAGUGUAGAGCUGUCCGAGUUCUCCUGAUAGUGGUGGGGGUGUUCGUGGUCACUCAGCUGCCUUACAACGUGCUGAAGGUGUACAGAGCGAUGGACUCGGUCUACGUCCUGGUGACCCACUGCGGGACGAGCAAAGUGUUGGAUCAGGUGGCUCAGGUGACGGAGAGCUUGGCCCUCACCCACUGCUGCCUCAACCCCGUCCUCUACGCCUUCGUGGGGUCCUCCUUCAGGCAGCACAUGAUGAAAGUGGCCAAGAGGUUUGGAGAGAAGAGAAGGAGGAGGAAGAGGACAGAGAGUCCCACAGAGGAGGAAGGCAUGGACAUGUCGUUCAACUCCCGCAGUGCAUCCCAAGAGACAAACACAUUCUCUAUAUGAGACAGUGAAACACGUGUAUCAGAUUCACUUAUCUAGUUCAGAAAAAGUUCAGAUGCAAGUGCGUUGGGAUGUUUGUUUUUUAGGAAGCAGCAACAGUAUGUGUGGAAAUCAUUAACUGGGACAAAAAUUCCAUUGAAACUAAAACAUUUCAAACAGGAGGUUGUUGUUGUGAAGUCCUGUUAUCGUUAAAGCAGCAUCAGGGAGAAAAAGUGCCUCCGUUCUCUACCAGGAGACGACAGAACAGUUUCUCUCCUCAGACUGUGAGACUCCUUAAUUCAUCCUCAGCACUCUGAGGAUCGUCCAAAGUCUUGUGUAGGCAACCGAGAGAGUCAGGACGGUCUAAUUUUUUUUUACGUAACAUUACAAUCCACUCACAUACGGCCAAUGAAAAAGUCAUUCGUACAUGUGAAUCUCACUUCCAAGCAGCAAAGAAAAAAAAUUACUCCGUCAAGCGCGUGAUGAAUGAAAGGAGUAAUUUGUUCGUUUUGGAUUUGUUUAGUCAAUUUUUAAACCUUUUUUUGGCGUCGGGACAAAUAGAACAUUCUGACCUGAUGAUGCGAUUAGAUAAAAAGUCAGAGCAUCAGCAGUGUUAUUACAUUUCAUCCUGAGAGAGGCAAGAAUGUCUGGACCAAAUAUCAUGUCAGUCUGUCCAGUACUUCAUUAUAGGUUGACUGACAGACCGACGCUGCUGCUGUUCUGUCAGUUUUGGACCUGAAGGCAUUUUAUCUUUUGAUUGUACUGUAGCAAGACAACAGUGAUUCUCAGUGCGUUAUAAACAUUUGUUAAACAUUCAUAACUGUUUAUAAACAACAGUUGCGUCUUUCACAAAAGAGUAUAAACAUCAUCUGCAGCCUCACCAUAAACAAUUGCUUAAUAAACCGUUUACAAAACAUCUCAUUGUUUGUCAACUGUCAAAUACAGUAACUCAAGUUUAAUUAAGCAUUUAUGAAUGAUGGUUGUUAUAAGCUGUUACCAGAAUCUAAAACUUCCUCUGCGGAACACCUCACAGGCUUAAUUGGUUUUGUUUAUCCAAAUCAAAGAGGUAACCGAUCGUUUUCCAGGAUUUCACAAGAGACAUUCAAAACAUUUCCAGCUGUUUACACAGAACAAAGGACAACUAUGAUUCAAGCCGAUACUUGAUACUGUUCAUGACGCAUUAUACAGUGAAAUAGAAGAAGAAAAACAAGAUCCAUUAGUGAAACUAUGUAUGCGCUAGAACUUUGUAACGGCUUGUUUGAAACGGUGCUUGUUUGAAUUUUAAUCAACUGAAGUAAAUACUCCUGAUCCACUUGAUGCUACACAUGUGCUGUACACCAGACAUACUGCACAUGCACACGUGCCUGCACCACAUGAAGAAGCAGCUCUUUAACAAUGUUCCAUUUGAUCUGUGUAUUUUCUGAUCAUACAUUCGUUUCCACAGCUCAAGACAACUGUAAUUUCCUGAAAAUUAAAAGAUACCACAGAUUAAAGCAUA